AAAAGGAAGCUCUCUGCAUUUUCCAAUUCCAUCGGCAGAGGAUUUCGGCAAGUUCAAUCCAGAGAGACUUUCGUUCUGGGCAUGGAGAGGUUCGCCGCCAUGGUCGCCGGCCGCCGCGCCGCUCCCGCUCCCAAGCCCGCGGGGGAGGAGGAGGAAGGGGACAAGGAGUACCUGCGGAUCCAGCUGGAGGAGAUCGUCAUCGUCAAGGACGACGCCUACGACGCGCUCGCCGCCGCCACCGCCGCCGCCGCCGCGCACUCCCGCCCCAACGCCACCGCCACCGCCAACGGCCACUUCAGCAGCAGCGCCACACCCGCACCCACCGGCGCCGCGUCCACCUCCAUGGAGAACUGCGCGAGGGCCGCGGCGGCGGCGGCGUACGGGGGGCCGCCGACGAGGGGUCCGGCGGCGCAGGGCGCGUGGACGACGGCCGCGAGGGGCGUCGGCUUCGACUAGACGUCGACCGCCGGCGACGCGCUCUCCUUCCCAUCGGUGUGUGGGGGAUUCUC